AUGGUUAAACGCAAAUCACCCGAGGAACAUCGUAAGGGAGAUAAGGGAGAUAAAGAAGAUAACUUUGAUAAGGAACUGGAUAGCUUGUUUACAUCCAGCGCUGGUCCGUCCACUGUGAAAUCUAGAAAGGUUGAUCACAAAGCCCAGGUGAAGAAGGUUAAGGAUGCUGUUAGCUCUCUUAAUAAGUCAAAGCCAUCAACUGGUCGUGGUGAUGGUGGUGGUGGAAGCAACAGCAACAGCGACGGUGAUAGCGACGGCGAUAACAAGAAGGAUAACGACGGCCAUCACAGCGACAACAACAUUAACAACCAAGAAGACAUUGAUGACGAAACUCUCGCGGAAUUCGCUAAAGAGAUGGGAAGAGACGAUGACGAUCUCAAAGCCGAUGACAACGAGUGGGAAGACGACAACGACGACAACGACGACAUCCACGACAAGAAGAAGGACACGAAAAAGAAGCAAGCUCCGCGGGUGUACAAGAUUGAAGACGAGACACCCGAGCAGAAGAACAACAGAACAAUCUUUGUCGGUAAUGUUCCAGCCGAAGCAGCCAAGAAUAAAUCACUGUCCAAGAGACUCGUUCAACACCUCAUGCAAGUCUCUGAACUACCACCGACAGCUAAACACGACAGCACGCGCUUUAGAUCCGUUGCUUUUAGUGUGCCCACAUCAGCAUCUGCAAAAUCAGAAGCUGAUAACAAUCGCUAUCAAACACCAAAACAGAAGCGCAAAGUGGCAUUCAUAAAGCAUGACCUCCAUCCAGACGCUGCUUCCGUCAACGCAUACGUUGUCUUUGGGUUUAGGAGACCGAAUGAUGUCACUCUGCUCAACAACAAAGACAAAGAUGUGCCACCUUCACAAGUAGCUCAGAAGGUCGUUGAGCGUGGUAAUGGUACAACGUUUGAAGGAAGAGUCUUGCGCGUUGAUCGCGUACUCAAUCUCGACAAGAAGGGCACUAGCUGGCAUAUUGACAAAGACAUGGCUAAGCGCACUCUCUACGUUGGCAGAUUGGAUUUCGCACAGAAGGAGACAGAGUUGGGUGAGUUUAUAGAAAAGCUGCUCAAAGAGGAGAAGGGCGAGUAUGUUGGAGUAGAUAAGGACGAUAAAGCCAAGUCGUGGGUUAGAGGUGUGAGGAUAGUGCGCGAUCCAGACACACAGCUCGGAAAAGGGUUCGGGUAUGUGCAUCUAGCGGAUAAUGAUUGCGUCCAAGAGCUGCUUCUGCUGCCCGAUGAGCGCAGACGGCUGAACAAGCGCACGCUGCGAUUCGCAAAAUCGAAAGCAUCUGGAAAGCAGAAGCCACAGGAGGAUCUUAAGCGAGACGACAAGAAGGAAGCCAAGGAGUCAAAGAAAGCGUCGGGUAUAUCGGCUAAAGCGGGCAAGAUUGUCAGGGGCGACCCUGCGCUCGGGGAGAAGCUGUCAGAAAUGACGAAAGAGACGCGAAAGACGAUCAAAGCGGCGGAUGGAGUAAGGCAAGCACGACGCACAGCGAAGAAGCAGCAAGCGUUGUCUAAGAAGCAGGGGGAUCAGAAGAUGACACUCAACAAGCCGAGGAGGAAGGUGAGUGAGAAGAAGCCGGGGAAGAAGAACAAGAGGACACCUUCAGAUAAGGCGUUAUCUAAGCGUAAUGCUAAGAAGUAG